AUGAGUUCAGUUAGCGUGCCACUACGUCCGUCGCACGGCCAAUGGAGCUCAUCACCAAAUAGCACUUGUAUACCGAGUUGCAAGAAAGAAUCAGGUAUGAAAAGGAUGAAUCACGUGAAGUCGUUAUCUUCUGAUACAUCUUCUGAUAACACUGGAGAAGAUAUAUCUUUGUUGGAUUGCCAUUGUACUUCCCUCGGAGCAAGUGAUAUCUCAUUAACAACAAAUUCGGGAUCCGUUCAGGAAUUUACCGGUACGAAUACCUCGUCUUCCACUCCAUCGACGACUCAAACAGCGAAAAAAAAGCUAAAUAACGUUAAAAGUACUUCUCGUGUUGUACCGAGGCCCAAGCCUAACUAUGAAAAAAGUUUGGAAUAUUUCCAGUGGGUAGACAAUGCUCCAAGACGUCCACCAUCUUAUAAGUCAGUUAAUUCAAACAGGAGAAUCACCUAUCCAAUUUAUGAAACUCUUGAUGAUAAUGUAUUGCCUGGUUACUCUCCUGCAGUUAAAGCAAUCACUGUGAUUUCACUGAAACAAGAAUGGCUUAACCCAUACGAAUUGUCUUCAUCUAGGGCCUGGAAGAAUUUUAUCAUGGAGAUUAAUUCUACUCAACUAAAUUUUUACCAUAUCCAUGAGUCACUAACAAGUAAUAUCAAGAAUUAUUACGGGGGGCCUACAAAUUUCCCUAAUGAUUUGAAUUCUUCCAAGCAAUCCACAAGAUUUUUGCCUUCUUUACACUCAAAGAGCACCUAUCAGUUCAAUAGGUCAGACCAGCAAUGGAUAACCAAAAUGAUUCAAAGCAAUGAAAAAAAGUACUUGUCUAAUGACAUGCUUUUCAAAUCUUUCAGUUUGCAAUACGGAAAGUUUGGCAUACCCACAGAUUACACUAAGAAGACCUUUGUGCUCAGGUUAAGAUGUGAAUUACAACAAUUUUUGAUAAAUUUUGCACACGUCGAUGAUAUGAUAGAUUGGAGCGUUUCCCUUUCAAUUGGUAUAGAUGUUUCGUUGGAUUUGGCUUAUAGAGAAAUGCCUACAUAUCGGACCGUCCCAAGAAGAAGACGUCGUGGUCAUCGCAGGAGAAGAAGAAGAAAUAAAUCUAAUGGAGGUACCUCACUUGGUUUGCAACGGAUGCUUCAAGUGGGGACCGGACAAUCAUCCAGGGCACAAUCUCCAAUGGAAAGCAGACGCCUGUCCGCCUCAUCAAUCGGAGCUCGAGCGGAAGCCCAUGUAAGACCGGUUUUAGCCUCCACUAGAAGUACUGGGUUUGUGUUAGAAGCGCUAACAAACCGACCAAAGGAGGCAGAUUCUUCCCGUUCUAUCAAAACAAUCUCAGCCAAACCCACUUACCAAAGAAGAUCAAGUGAAUCUUCCAUCAAAGGAAUCAAAUCAAAACUGGCUACCAUGUUCCAUCACGGAAAGAAGCCUGUUCAAACUCAUAAGAGACAAGGAAGCGUUGCAAGCGCGUUAAAUUGCGUGAUAGAAGACGAUGAUGAUUCUGACAUUGACCCUCUUACUGAUACCAAUCCGAAAUCGAACAUUGACGAUAAGAAUAAAGACUCUCCUAUAACUCCGCUUAAAAGAGUCGCAGGUAAGCCUCUCUUCUCCACUUCUGCUGGUAAUACACCAGAGAAGCGCUUGGGAUCUAUUGCUUCUACGGAAUUGGAAUUCUCAAAACAGACAGAACUCCCUUCACAACAAACACCUGAAUUUGAUAAAGGCGAUCUGGGAUCAAUUCCCAUUAUUCCACAUUUGGAUGAAGAUUUCUCGACUGAGAACGACCUCUCAGCACAAACUGGUUAUCAAAAUGCUAUAUGUUCUCGUCUUGAGCUCAAUGAGCUACAAACUAUUCUUAACGAACAUAACGAAGAGGAUAGCGAGGAACAGGAUCAAGACCAGGAAGAAGAGGAAGAAGAGGAAGAAGAAGAGGAAGAUGAAGACGACGGUACUGAAACUGCUGCUAGCUCUAACGAGCUUCCUACAAGACAUGCACGUUCAGCAGCUUCCUCCAUUUAUCAUGAAGAGGGGAUUUUCCAUGACAGCGAUGAUGACUAUAUAUACGUUCCAACUGAAAUCCAUCGCCGGAGAACAUCUUCAAUCACUAGUAAUUUGUCAAAUACUCCUUACGGAGGCGAUGAAAUGAAAUGGAAUCCGCCUCGAAAGGAAAUUACUCGCAGACGGUACAUUCGCGAUUCCUUACGUUGCAUUAAACCUUUAGGAUUUGAUGAAUCGUGGGUCAACAAAAUCGCAUUAGCGCCCUCCAUGGGACCAAAAUAUGAAACCAAUAACCCACCAGUAUCUGGGUUUAUAUCAAAUUCUGAUUUAUCAUCUAAGAACAAGUUUUCUCUCAAAAAACUAUACAAUACUCAACCCGCAUUGCUGUUAAGCAGAUGUAAAAACCAUUACUUGACACCAUACAUCAUUACUCCUUCAGGACUUGUACGAGCCAUUCCUAAGGAGUGA